UUAAAAUUGGAGUUUAGGAUGAUGUGAAACACACUUCUGUGUGUGUGUGUGUGUGUGUCUCUGACCUGCGGUGCGUUUGAGUCCCUCUGGGAUCCUGUUGACCGUCAGGAUGUAUCCGUCCUCCGUCACCACCUGGUGUUCCUCUGCAGGGUAACCCCACCUCCUGAUGAUCUCUGACUGCACACACACACACACACACACACACACACACACACACACACACACACACACACACACAGCAUUAACAUCUCAGGUGUGUACUGUGUGUGUAUUUGUUUGUGUGUUUUGUGUACUCACGAUGUUCAUGUGGACUUCAGGGUCCAGCUGCGGAGGUCGUUUAUUGAAGCGUCGCUCUGAGAAUCUCUGAUUGGACCAGCUGCUGUCUGCUGGACCGGAGCGGACCAGUCCGGACAGCAACAACACACACGCACACACACACAGCAUCAUCAGUCUGACACACACACACACACACACACACACACACACACACACACAGAGAUGUCAACAUUAAAGAUAACUCUGAUUUCCUCCUCUCUGUCCGAGUCCUUAAACACACCUUCACCUCAGCAGGUCACAUGACCCGCUCCUGUGUUUGUGGACUUUGAUCAGCUGAUAUCUCUCAAACAUUCAGGCUGAGGUCAAAGGUCAGAACCAUCGCCUUUUUCUCUUUAUUUAAACGGAUCAACCUCCGGGUCAGAACCGGAUCCUGGACUCUGGACCAGGUCAGAACACUGAGACCAGGUUGAGUCCGAUGUUCUGGUUCUGAUCCUUUAAAAACGGAUCUGAACUUUAAUCCUGUUGUACACAGUCUGGUCUCCAUGGUGACGACUGAAACAGCGGAUCAGAACCACUCCCUCCAGUCCCCCUGAAGCCAGAACUAAGACCGUGAAAAACUCAGCUGAUCCUCUUAGGACCAGGAACCAAACUGAGACUGAUCCGGAUCAGGAGAGGAGCCCUGCAGGACUCAGCUGAUCCGGUCCAGACUAACAGAACAAAGUUCUUCUUUCUUCUCGGGUUUUAUAACUUUGAGGGCGGCGUGCUGACUCAGCGGGUUUCUGUCACCGACUCCGAGGUGCUGAGUCAGCGCUGGGUUCAGCAGAGACCCCCUGAAGUGGACCUGGACCUGGUUUAGUCUGUGAUGAGUCCAGAGUCCAGAGAUGUUGGACCUCAGUGUUCAGACAGUGACAGAGGUUACUUCAGGUCAUCGCCCUCUAUCAGCUGUUCUGACCCGGAUCAGGGUCUACAGACUGAACCCGGUUUAUCAGAGUCUGGGACAAACACCGAGACCCGGUCUGAGGUCAGACUCGGAGAGGUUCCUGUCCUCAAACAUCCGCUGACAUCUAAACGGUCCUGAUUCUGAUCCGGUCCUGAUUCUGAUCCGGUCCGUCUUUGAGAUGAACGGAUGAAUUCACUCUGAGGACGUCAUGAGGACUCUGAGAGACUCUGUGUCCUCUGAGACGAUGAGACGUUCUCUGACGUCUCUGUGGACAAAAUCAGAUUUUCUGACUGACCUUCAAACUCUGAGAUCGUCUCAAAGACUCGUCUGUUCUCUGUUUACUGACUGAUUUUACCGCCUGGAUUUUAAAGCGUCUCUAAACUCGUCAUCAUUACGUUCAGUUUAAUCCACUUCAUUUAUGACCUUUUAAAAAUAUUCAAUCUGUGCUGCAAAAUAAAAUCGACCAACGAAGAGUGAAAAAAAAACAGGAAGGACUUUUUUAAAAUCAGUAAAAAUGAUUUAAUCUGAGAGAAAAUCCUCAGAUGAUAAAAACUGGACUAAAUAACACAGUUUAAAGUGAUUGUCGACUUUUACUCAAAGAUCUAAAACUGUGGGUUUAAAAUAAUAAAGUAAGAGAGGGUCCGGAUCUCUGAGAGGGUCCGGAUCUCUGAGAGGGUCUGGAUCUCUGAGAGGGUCUCCUCUGGAGACUAAGAUGAAGAUUAAUUCAGUUUUAUUUUGAUUUAAAAACUCGAGACCGUCCAGAAUGACUGUCUUUAAAACAGUCCAGCAGACACUUUACAGAGUUACCAUCAUCAUCAUCAUCAUCUCCUCCUCUUCAGAUUUUUCUGUUUGUUUAUUAAACUUCAUGUUUUUCUCUCUUUACUGCCUGUUUCUAACCUGCUGAUUCCUGCCUGUUCUUCACUCUCAGAUGUUUGAUUUGAUUUGAUUUCCUUCAGAUUAAAACUUGAUUUUCUUCUUUGUUUUUCUUCAGAGGACAGGAUGUUCAGUCUGAGGGUCUCGAACCUUCUUCUCCUCCUGAUCCUCCUCUUACCUGUCUCUGUUCUCAGGAGUCAAACUCUCCUUUCCGCCUGUUUUUCUGCCCGUUUCUCAGCAUUAAAGACUCUGUUUGUUCAGCUCUAAAGUUCUGAGUUUUCCUCCGGACUCGUGAAUGUUUUCGUUUUUUUUCCGGUCGGAGUUUAAAGAAUUAAAGUUUAAAAGAUUCUGAUUCAAAGUUUAAAAACUGCGCCGGUUCAAUAAUCCGGUAAUAACCGGUUAAUAAAGUCUAAAUGUUUCUUACCUGCAGAUCUGUGGAUGUGGGGGGGCUCCGCUCUGAUCAGCUGACUUUUUAUCCACCGAAGGAAGGGCGGAAGUGACGUGGAGGGAGGUCCUCUCUGUGGUUGGUCGGUCAAAGUCCAAUAAAUUAACUUUUCAUAACCGAUUUUUCUCUAUAAAUAAAAACAGGAAGAGGCAGAGAGAAACAACCACAACAACAACAACAACAAAAAAAACAGUUUAAACAAAAAACAAAACAAAAACCAUGACAGUAAAAGUCUGAACAAACUAAUCAGCUCCUUAAGAGAUCUAUAAAAAUAAUUAUUAAUAAUAAAUAAUUAAAUGAAAACAAUUUUUGGUGUUUUUUUUUCUGCUGAUGUAGAAAAUAAAACUACAGUCAGGUCACGAGUGUUAAAAAAUUCGGAGGAAACUGAUUUUAAAGGAAAGAUGUCGAGAAAACAGCUGAUAAUUAAUUUAUACAGUCAGGUGAAAUCAAAGGAAAAUCGUGUUUAUUUCAUUUUAAAUAUUUCCUUUUUAAAAUAAAUAUUUAUGUCGUAAAAUCUGUUUUUUUUUCUGCUUAGUUUGACACGAUCUGACUUUUAUUCUGAAAAUCUUGGCCGGAUGUUCCGUCCUUAUUCCGCUCACUGUGACUCCGGGAUAGUUUUGAUUGGCCCUCCGUUAUCUCUCUAUUUUGUAACAUUAGAGGCGUGUUUAACUUCUGCUGGUCCGGAAUCAAAGAAAUGUCAAACCAGGAACGUUAGACCCGGUUUCUGUCCACUUUAACUCGUUAGUUCGGCCGUCACUCGGAACCGAACAUGUCCCGGGUUCUGAUCGUGGGAGCUGGUCUAACAGGCAGCCUGUGCGCAUGUCUGCUGAGGAGAGAGCUGCAGAAUAAAGUCCAGAUUGUAGUUUGGGACAAAGCGAGGGGAGCGGGUGAGUCCGACAGAACCUCAUUCAGAAAACUGCUGAUUAAAUCUUCCUGAGCUCUCACGGUUCCGAGUCUCAUCGCAGAUCACAAUUUCGGGGAGUUUCGGUAUCAGGAGAAGUUUCUGCUGAAUUCGUCCUGAAGUUUUCUACAUUUAAACCAAAUAAACAGAAACUUAACAGGUCCACUAUAACUGUCCUCAGUCUUCUGAGGACGUAGUUUAGAUCAGGUGAGAGUCAGAACUUAAUAUAGAAAUCAGCAGAUUUUCGGUGUCUGAGCCUCAGCCUCACAGGAAAACACUCCAGAACAUGAUUUAGUAGAUUUACAUUUCCCUCUUUUAAUAUCGUCUUUAAAAUAAUCCAUAACCUCUUUUUUUUCUUCAGAGAGAUGAAGUGAGGAGUCAGCAGUGUUUACACCAAACCUCCUUCAGAAAAUGAUCAAUUUAAAGGGCGACCGCUUACUUCUCUAGUUAUACCAACUUUAGUAACGACCGCAGGAUAGCAAUACACAGCGGUCUGAGGAGCCAUAAACAAACCCCAACCAAAACACCACUCUAUAGCCACAAAUAAUGCUCAGAACAGCACCUAACUUCAUCAACAGGACAUAUAGGGUCACAGACAUAGUACUAGACACCAAACAUCUUUUUAACUUUGACUGAUUUCUUCAGCAAAGAGACUAAACACAACUCACCUACUCUCUUCCAGCAGACACUUGUUUGUAGUGAGACCUCAGGCCAGUCCAUUACAGACUACAGCGGGGUGACGCAGCUCAAGGAAGAACAUUUAUGAUGAUUUCUUCAUGGAAAUACAAUCAGACCGAGACGCUAAGACAGAAGAACUACCGCGUCUGUAAAAUGAUCAAUAUGGUGAUUAUUACUUCAAGGAAAUGAUAAAGAAAUGAUCAUAAAUGUUCUUCCUUGAGCUGAGUCACCCCGCUGUAGUCCAUAAUGGACCCCAAAUUAAUUUUACGCCAGAAUGUCCCUCUAAGUGAGGAGUCAGCAGAGUGUUUACACCAAACCUCAUUCAGAAAAUGAUGAAUUUAAGAAUUCUGCUUCAACAGCCACUCAGACUCUGGUUAAAGAACUCGGCUGAAGAUCUCUCUCUUCUCUCCCUCUGUGCCUUUGUUCUGUCUCUCUCUCUCUCUCUCUCUCUCUCUCUCUCUCUCUCUCAGGAGGCAGGAUGACCACCACUCGCCCCCCUGACUCGUCCUGUAGCUCGGCUGACCUCGGUGCUCAGUACGUCACCGCCACGGCGGCGUACGCUCAGUCUCACCACAGGUACCGCACACACCUGUCUCACCUGUUUACAGAGUCAUAACACAUUAAAGGAACAGUUCACUAAAAUUAUUAAUAAACUUCUUUAAUAACUAUGUGUGUGUGUGUGUGUGUGUGUGUGCGUGCGUGUGUGUGUGGGAGCUUCUACUCUGAGCUGCUGUCCUCUGGCGUCCUGCAGCCUCUGGACUCUCUGAUUGAAGGACUGAGACACAAAGAAGGAAACAAGGACUACAUGACGCCACUGGGCAUGGGCAGUUUGGUCAAACACUUCCUGUCGGAGUCAGGUACACGCCCACCUGUGUGAAAACAUCAAACGCUCUUUUUGUAACGGUGCGGUGGCGGCGAAUCACAGACCCGUCUGUGUUUCAGGGGCUGAUGUGUUCUUUGAGCAUCAUGUGACCGGCCUGUUUCUACGCGGUGCAUCAUGGGAGGUCCAAAGGAAGGCGGGAGACAGCGAGACGUUUGACGCCGUCGUCCUGACGAUGCCCGUCCCUCAGAUUCUGCAGCUGCAGGGAGACAUGGGACAGAGUAAGACGGACAGACAGACACAGAGACAGAGGGACGUCUUAAACCAACCCUCUGUAGACCUUAGUGGACCCAGCAGACCAGGUUCUGGGUUUCAUAGAGGAUCUCAGCAGCUCCACAGUUCAGGGUCUCCUUGGUCCUGUUUUGGGGGUCCUGAUGGCUCAAAUUAUUUAAAUGGGGGACAAGUCAGGACCACAGAUCAGAGAUGGACUGAUAUGAAGAAAAUAUAAGGUGAUAAACUUUUUCCCGUAUCACCCAGCGUGACUCUGUGCUGUCGUCGUCUCUACAGAGCAGCUCAGUUUUCCUCUUCUCACCUGUCGGUUGUUCUUCUCCCUUUUUUAACCAGCAGAGGUUUUUCAGUGUCAGCGUUGAUCCAGAGUCCUCGCUCCGUAGUAAUUCAGCUGUAAUCUGAUUCGCUGAUGUUCGCUGAGAAUCGUCUCUUGGGUUCUCGGUUAGUGUCUUUAGUUCUGACCUCUGAAACGAUGGAGAACAGAAACAGAAAAUCACUGCAGAUUAAAAAAAAAAACGAGGAAAUAAAAUCUGAAACUUUCUCCAGCAGGUAAAAAAACUUCAGAUGAAGAGAUUUUAAACAUUUGAUCGACUUUAACAAAUGAUUUGAGUGAAUUUCUCCUCGUUUUAAAGUGGAAACAGGACUGAAGUACACGCUGUUCUCUGUGUGAUGACACAGUUUGUCCACAGGGGGGCAGCAGCAGCUGUGAGGUUCAGCCCUGUCCCUGAGUCAUUACAAUAAAUAUGAUAUCAUGAUGAAUAUGAAAGAGUGAAUGACUCUGAAAACACGAACACACUCUGAAGUUUCUAUUCUGAUAUUUGAGGAGUUUACUCGCCUGUAGAGGGCGCUCUCUGCGUGUUUCUCAGGGCUUUUACUUUGGCGGGGCAACGCAAUGACUGCUUCCUCCUCCUGCAGUUUAGACCUGUUCACCACACACACACACACACACACAGGAUCAAUACACUCCUCAGAUGGUAAAUCUGUUCCUCACCUCUGAUUGGUCGGUGGUUCACACUCAUAAAAGCUGCAGAACUCUCCAGAUUCUGUGUGUGUGUGUGUGUGUGUGUGUGUGUGGUCAGGCUGCAGACAACGGCCCCCUGCGUAUGUGUGUCUCUCAAGAUGAUGAUGAUGUCAUCUUCAGCUCCUCUGAUUGGCUGACAGAGGACAGCGCCCAUUUCCUCCAUGCCGACAUGCAGUAACACACACACACACACAGAGAAAUGCACACUCACACUGAGGUUAUUAUUAGACACCGUGUGUGUGUGUGUGUGUGUGUGUGUGUGUGUGUCUGCAGUAGGAGGCUGCAGCCUGUUCCUCCAUCAGGAUGUGAAUCAUGAAAAUGUUUCAGAGACGACGUCUGAAUUGAAAAUAUGGUCAAUCUCUCGUCCAAUCAGAUUUGAGGAUUAUAUUUAAACACUUUGAGAUAUGAAGCCCCGCCCACUUCACAUGUGUAACAUACAUACAUGUAUGUAAAUCUGCACAGUCAUACAGAGGGAUCAGUUCAACACGGUCCACUCCUCAGGGUUAACCACGAGAAAUCAGGUUUUAUCGUCUUUACUGGUUAACUCGUGGUAAACCAGUAAACCAGUAAACCAGUAAAGCUUCACUGGUUUACCGGCUGCUUCCCGUCUGUUUCACGGCUGACUCAGCUCUCCUGCAGGUUUACUGCAGCUCCACGUCUCUAAAACUACACCUUCAGCUGCUGCUGUACUACAUCUACUACAGUACAAUACUGUGUACUACUGUAUACUACUGUAUAACUGUAGUCAGGUACACUACUGCAAACUGGUGUACCAAAGUUAUCUGGUAUUCCACUACAGUGUACUAGUUUACUGUUUUAUACUGAUAUACCACUGAGUACUGGUAAACUACUGUACUCUUGUUUACUACAGUGUACUGGAAUACUACUGCACACUACUAUCCAACAGUAUCCUUGUAUACUUCUGAAAACUGUUCUCCUGCCCAGUACUAGUGCACAGUAGUAAACUGGAAUACUACUGCAUACUGGUAUAUCUAUGUGUACUGGUAUACUUUUGAGAACAGGAAGAGACACCAUCAUGUCUCCACCGUGUCUCUGAUGUGUCUUUAUCGUGUCUCAUUGUGUCCCUACCAUGUCCCUAUCAUGUCUCUACCGUGUCUCUAGUGUCUUUCUCGUGUCUUUCUUGUGUCUCUGUCUUUACCGUGUCUUUCUCUCUGUCUCUCUCUAAGUCCUGUCCGUCCAGCAGAGACAGCAGUUGGACGGUGUCGUGUACUCGUCUCGUUUCGCCAUGGCGCUCUUCUUCCCUCCGGGCGUCGUCUUCAGUUUCCCGUGGGCCGCUCACUACGUCACCGGAAACCCCGUCAUCUGUUAUAUUUCCGCAGACUCCCGUAAACGUAACGCAGGUGAGAGGCUCCGCCCACCUGUGAUCUGCUCUCCUCCUGAUUUUUCUCUAAACUGACUGUCGAACUUUGACGUUUGCGCCCGCUCAGAUGAUCCCGGUCACGGUCCGUCUCUCGUCGUCCACACCACGGUCCCGUUCGGUUUAGAGCACCUGGAGGAAGACAAGGAGGACGUCCAGCCAAUCAUCUUACAGGAGCUCCAGAAGCUGCUUCCUGAUCUUCCUCAGCCCGCCAUCAUCAAGUGUCAGAAGUGGAGGUACUCUCAGGUGAGCCGUCGCCGUUCAGAGCGCUGAAAAAUCCCACGGAGAGUGUGACCCUGAACUCCUCCUCUUUUUGACCCCUCCCAUCUCUCUGCAGGUGCUAACCUCGGUGCCGGACUGUCCGGGUCAGAUGACCAUCCAUGAUCGCCCGCUGCUAGUCUGCGCGGGCGACGCCUUCAGCCACACCAACUUUGACGGCUGUGUGGAGUCUGCACUGAGCGUGCUCCGUGUGCUGAAGUCGUGGCGGUCUUAAACUCAGACUGUGGAGGACGAUGAAGAUGGAUUCACCCGUUCACAGUGAUGAAGGGGUUAAAUCCUCAUGUACAUGUUCACUCGUCAUUAUUGUGUUUCUUCUGUGAAUAAAUACGUUUGUCUACAUUAA